AUGAACUUAGAUACCCCAACGGGCCAAUUCAGUCAGUCGAAUCCGACCGGGGCCGGUAAGGUUUACGUUACUCACACCCCACGCCGAGAGGCUGGGCAAAGACAUGGAACAGGUACUUCUGAAGGCGAGGCGGUAGGGGUGCGCGAAGGGGUGGGGAUUGGCCAAUUAUCGAUGACGCCGAGUCAGAUUUGUGGCGUGAUCAGCCCAGAGGAUCUGAAGCGGCGUGCGACUUUAACUCACGAGGCGUUGUACCCCAAUAUUUUCCAGCCGCACUGGGGACAGGGCCCAGCAGAUAAGUGUCUGGCCGGAUCUCCGCUCAUCAAGGUUGAAGGUAUGAGGAAUUUGAACGUCAUGCAGGUUAUAGAGAUAGUGAAACUGUCGGUCGGUGUCCGCACACUUCCGAGGUUCCCCUUUGACAACAUCGGGGGGAAGAGGAAGAGGGGCGGAAUUUCUGGGCGGAAGGAGGAAAUCCGAGCGAUGUCUCACGGUCGGUUUGGCAGUGGCUUUGUCGCUCAGUGGAGUGCAUUGGGCAUCACAACAGACGUCUGA